UCCAGCGUGAUUCCUAUGUAUCUCCUAGAGACCAGCCCCCUGAAUAUGAGGGGUUCCAUCGGUAUGGUGCCCCAGUUCUUUCUGGUGAUCGGGGUCCAACUGGCUCAGAUAUUUGCCUUUCCUGAACUACUGGGCACCGUAGAAGGUUGGCCAGUCCUGGUGAGUUUGCCUGGGCUCUUAGCUAUCUGGCAGAUCCUUCUGCUCCCUUCCUGCCCUGAAAGUCCAAGGUACCUGUUGAUGCAGAAGAAAGAAGAAGAAGAAGCCAGAGAAGUCCUGAAGCACCUCAGGUUGCAGAGUGACGUCGAGGAUGAACUGGAGGAACUCCGACGGGAGGACCUUUUUGAGAAGGAUGAGAAGAACAUGAACGCCCUGCGGUUGCUGUGCUAUCGUCCACUCCAUUGGAACCUGGUUUCGGUGGUGAUCAUCGAAACAGGCCAGCAGCUUUCUGGUGUCAAUGUGGUGUACUAUUACGCCGACCGGAUCUACUCGAAUGCAGGAAUAGAAGAAAACCACGUUCAGUUUGUCACGGUGGGAACGGGAGCUGUGAACGUAUUGAUGACUAUCGUUGCGGUAUUUGUCGUUGAGGCCCUGGGACGAAGGAUUUUGCUUCUGGCUGGUUUUGGCAUCUGUUGUGCCGCCUGUACCAUGUUAACCAUUGCGCUGAAUCUCAAGGCGAUCUGGUGGAUGCCCUACAUCAGCAUUGCCUGCGUAAUCAUUUACGUCGUGGGACACGCCAUUGGCGCAAGCCCAAUUCCGAGCGUUAUGAUAAUGGAAAUGUUUCUCCAGUCUUCUCGUCCGGCUGCCUUCAUGGUGGGAGGUUCGGUGCAUUGGCUGUCGAAUUUCACCGUGGGGCUGGUUUUCACCUAUUUGGAGCAAGGGCUGGGCCCCUACUGCUUCCUCAUUUUUGGUGCCGUCUGUUUGGCCACCGCCGUCUACGUCUUUCUCAUUGUCCCCGAAACCAAGAACAAAACCUUUAUGGAGAUCAACCAGAUCAUGGCUAAGAGGAACGGUACCGAAGAUCCAGGCGAGAAAGACGAAUUGAAAGAUUUCACCGCCGUUUCCGUGCCGUACAGCAAGAAAAUGGAUGGAGAGAGAAGCAGCGCAUUGUAAGGUCUUGGCAACAGUCAAAUUUUUCCCCGUGUAAAGCCACCGAACAAUCUACCUUAAGCACCUCUGGCAUCUCCUCUCCUCGCUGUUGGACAAAAACUUAUUUCAAGGAGAAAACAGGGUGACCAAACUUUUGCCAUUUUUUUGGCCGUUGCCUUCCAAGUUGGGCCUGGAGUUAGCGAGAUUUUGCGUGGAAUAAGAUCCUGUUUUUGGAAGAGAUGCAGCUAAUCUGGGUGCAUGCUCGGGGGGAAAAAAAAAGCAUUUUCCAUCGGGUGGACUCUGAAAAAAAUUAUCAGUAUUUUGUUGUUGUUGUUCUUGAAUAGGGAUGCAUUUGGGCUCCCUUAUGUGGGAGCAUGUAUAUAAUUUUCACUUAAUAAUGUUGGGGCUUCUGUUUUUAGAUAACACCUAAUUUAACUGUGGAAAGAGUCUCCCCCUCUAAAUUUGAGAGGUGCAUUUUGUGACACACACACACACAACCCAGGGGUCUUGAAGAUGUGUUAGAUGAAGUGCCUUUAGUUAGUUAGAUGAAAUGAAAAGAAAUGGCUUUGUAAAUGGGUUAGAUUAAAAGCCUUAUUUUCCCAAGUCAGGCCAAUCCCUGGCUGUCUUAUUAUAACACAACUGCAUUUUGCAAGUUUUAUGCUAUACCACAGUGGUCUCUUUGCAAAGUGUUUGUUUCUGCCCCAAUGUUCAUGAGAACCACUUCUAAAUUUAACAAAACCAUCUCAACUUUUUGUUCCGGGUCCCAGGCGGUUAAAAAUUUGAGAUAGGAAAACAUUUCCUAAAUGUAGAAAGCUAGCCUCUCAAGGGGUUUCAUCUUAGCCAGGAUCUAACCAGGAUGCUAGAUAUCACUCAUGCAUAUUUUUUUUGGAGGCAGAUCUACAGAUCCCUGCAUUCAAGGUAAGCCUGCAGUGGAUUUAGAGGCCACCUUAAAAAUAAUUUCCACCCCAGGGGAUAUUUCUACACUGAAUUUAACUUGGGCUCCGAACAAUUUGCCAGUUUUCUAUUUCUUUUGUCGUUUUUAUUUUUGUUUUCCAAAACAGGUUGAUGUGUUUGUUUCCCUUGCAACCAGAAUCAACCCUUUUCAAAGCAAACCUGAUUAUUUUUUAAAUAUCCGCAAAUUGAGAAGUAGCCAAGAGAAUAUUGUACAUAUCUUGAAAUAGAUUUUUGUGUGUUUUUUUCCCUUUAGUUUCUUUUCACUGGGUAUUUUCCCCCCAAAGUAUGGGGGAAUUAUACUUUUGCACAAACAGGUGUAUUUUAUUUUAUUAUUUUGAGUGCUGCGAAAUAAAACAUAGUUGUUGGA